UCAGCUGAACCGCUGAUCCAGGUGGAUUCAAUGAAAGGUGACCUGAGGGGUGUGGAUUAUGAGUCCACAGAUGAGGAGGAUGAAGAAGUGGAGGAGGAGAGAGUUGUGGUGCCCGACACUAACAAGAAAGGAGCUAAGAAGGGUGGUUUUGGGGGAAUGUUUGGGAUGCUGAAAGGCCUGGUGGGAUCUAAGAACCUGACUCAGGAGGACAUGGAGCCAGUUCUGGACAAGAUGAGGGACCACCUUAUUGCCAAGAAUGUAGCAGCUGAAAUAUCCUCCCAGCUCUGUGAGUCUGUGGCCAAGAAACUGGAAGGCAAAGUCAUGGGCACUUUCACCACUGUGGCCUCUACAGUAAAGCAGGCUCUACAGGACUCUCUGGUGCAGAUCCUGCAGCCCAAGCGGCGUGUGGACAUCCUGAGGGACGUGCUGGACGCUCGAUCUCAGCGCAAACCCUUCGUCAUCACCUUCUGUGGGGUCAACGGCGUCGGCAAGUCCACCAACCUCGCCAAGAUCUCUUAUUGGCUGAUUGAGAACGGCUUCUCUGUGCUCAUCGCGGCAUGUGACACGUUCCGCGCGGGUGCGGUGGAGCAGCUGAGGACUCACCAGCGGCGUCUGAACGCUCUGCACCCGCCGGAGAAGCACGCGGGACGCCCCGCCGUACAGCUCUUCGAGAAGGGUUACGGCAAGGACGCCGCUGGGAUCGCCAUGGAAGCUAUCGCCUUUGCUCGUAACCAGGGUUUUGAUGUGGUGUUGAUCGAUACAGCCGGCCGUAUGCAGGACAACAAGCCUCUGAUGACGGCUCUGGCGAAGCUGAUCGCGGUCAACACCCCGGACCUGGUCCUGUUUGUGGGAGAAGCUCUGGUGGGCAAUGAAGCUGUGGAUCAGCUGGUGAAAUUUAAUCAAGCCCUGGCUGAUCAUUCCAAGACUGACAAACCCAGGCUUAUCGACGGCAUUGUUCUCACCAAGUUCGACACCAUCGACGACAAGGUGGGCGCUGCCAUCUCCAUGACCUACAUCACGGGUCAGCCCAUCGUGUUUGUCGGCACCGGGCAGACGUACAGCGAUCUGCGCAGCCUCAACGCCAGGGCUGUGGUCAGCGCGCUCAUGAAGGCCUGAGCUACAGCUUCCUGUGAAUGCAGACAAGCCUAUGUGUCGUUUUGGUUUACUACAGGUUUAACUGAAAUUCAGUUUAUAUUUAGGAGCCCUCUUGUGUUUUGUUCCAGGAAAAAGAAAAGUGUUUUGAUUAAGUUUAAUGAGUGGAAGAAAUAACAUUUGACUUGAUCUCGCCUCAGCAACCGUUUUUGAUUGACAUGCAACACAGCCAAUCAGAGAGCAGCAGCUCCAAACGCUCAUUUAGGUCGUUUCAUUCAAGAUGAGAAUGAGAUGAGGAAAGUAUUUUUGCACUUUUCUGCCUCUCUUCGCUACGAUCAAGUGUUCUCAUGCGCACUUCCCCGCAAGAGAAAAAAUGUUAUAAAAGAAAUCUAAUAUAUUCUAAAUGUAUUUUGUCUACUUUUUAUUUGAUUUAAUGUAGGUACAUUCAGAAGAUGGCCAGCCACCCCAAACGGUCUCAAGAAUUCAUUACCAUAGUGCCUCAGCUCAUUACAUUCGCAGUUCCCAAAAACUGCCUUUCUCAUUCUUCCUUUUUUACUCAGGCAUUUCAUGUCACUUGAUAUGAAAGUUAUUAAAAGUUAUUGAAAGAUUUGGUGCUUAAGGUUUAAAGGCCUUUACACCUCAACAAAGAGAGAAUGCUGCGUAUACCAAACUAUCUGAACCCCUACAAAGUUACAUUUGUAUCGAGUCGUUAGUAACCGUACUGUCAUUUUCUUUUCUUUCAGAUCCCUUCAUGCUUUUAUUUUAGAACAAAAUCAGGUUUUAAUUCUCCUCAUAAUAAUUUGCGCUAGCACAAUGGCAAGACUGGAGAGCUUCAUCGGGAAGAUUUGUCGUACUUUAAGAAUGUGUAAUAUUUCUUAAAUAAAGCUGCUAUAAUAGCCUGUAAUAAGA